UUCCUGGCGUGGUACACGGUUCAAACAUCGGAAGUACGGAGAGGAUCGUUUUGCGAAAAACGUAGUGUCGUAUCAAACAUUUUGGGAAAUUUACGCAAUUUACAAGGAAGAAGAAAUUAUCUUUUCCAAAAUUGGCAACAUGAGUAGCCACACCCUGCCCCCAGAGGGAGGGGGCGGCAAGGGGCCAGCCAGCCAGACUUCCUCGUCCCAACCCCCCAAACAACAGCAGCAGCAGACCCUGACGCAAAAGCUCGUAGCAGAGAAGAAACCGCAGGAAAAAGCGAAAGUGAUUGUGCAGCCGGUUCACCCACCGCUGUCCACUACUCUGCCGUUACUGAGACAGAAUGAUUCACCAACACCUGUACAACAGCCGACACCUGCCAUCAUUGAAACUACAGUGCCAGUCAUCAAGUCAAGCAUUCCUAAUCUGAAGCAGCAGACUGUACCCAUUCUAUCAGGUGUCGCUUCCACCAAGCCAGCUCUGAUCCCUACUAUUCCCAUCUCCUACACCACAACCACCUCCACCGCCCCUACCACUACCCCCAUCACACACCCCCAUAGUACCAGCUCUGCCACGCCCAACACCCCUGCCGUAGUCACCACCCAGGCCCGUCUAGCGUACCCGCCUCUAAACGUCACCAUGACCUCUGUUGUUCCAACAAGGAUCACUACAACCGUUGCUGCGGCAUCAGGCGCGACUGCAGCAGCAGCAGCAUCAGCUGCAGGUGGUGUCCCUGUCUCAGGUGUCCAAGCCCAGUACAUCCCCUCUGUGCAAAAGCUACCACCCAACUCGUUACCUGCUGAAGUACCUGGUCAUACCAAAGCAGGCUUGGUACCCGCCUCACACCUGGUAGCGGGGGCUAAUAUGUUAACAGGGCAGGUGCCGUACAUCAGCGGUUCUCCUCUGGGGCUACAGCUACCCCCAGGCACACAUCCAUACUCUACACAGAUUCCACGUGGACCAACCUCAACUAAUCUUAGUCUGGCUGCCACUGGGAAGUCUGGGCUGACCACAGCCUUGUUGACCAGAGCUGGUGUCCCCCAAGGAGCAGUUAGUACUGCUGCAUUUCCUCAGCAGUCCAUCUAUGGUUACUCUCGCCACCAUGCACCGGGUCAGGUCCAUCUCUUAACGCAACAACGGGCAGGGUCACCAGGUGUCCUAACAGCUGGAGCCCUUCCUCGAGCUGCAUCCCCAGCCAGUACUCUGGCUUCAUCACAGCAACAUGAAUCAUUAAGAUUGAUACCUCACAUGAUCCCUUCAAGUCAAGGACUGAAACCCGACAGCUCGACCCAAGCCAAGGUUGAACUCAAGAUGGUCAUCAAGAAAGACACGACCAAGCCGGAUUCCUCUACCAAGACCGACGCCAAAGCAGACACAAGGCCAUCAUCGCGGACAGAGACCACCGAUAAACCUGGAGAUGCAAAGAAGGACGGGAAAGCAGAAGAACGUAUACAAGGAGUCAAGCUAGCCGUUGCCAUGGCGUCUGGCAAGGGAACGUCGGCUUCGGAGAAGGACCCGAGGGACGACGUGGCUCGAAGUGCUGCAGAGGCAACAAAGGUCGAGAUGCGGUCUUCGGAAGGCCGGGUGGAGAUGAGGGUCGAUGUGAGACCGAUUCAUAGAGGUCCGGAGGUGAUGGGACCGAGAUGGUCCGUACCGCAGAGAUGGGGUGGUCUCCCACCGUCGGGGCCCACAGGGGGUCUACCAAGUCACAUGAUGACCCAGGUUGUAACCAGCGUAGGGGGUAUGCUUCAUCCAAUCUCAUCAGUCCCUGCAGGUACUCCAAACACUUCAUCACAUCCAAUGGUACGGGCACCCCCACCCACGACAUCAUCAGGCACAGGAGCAUCACAGCCCACUGCAACCAAUUCAGGCACCAUUCCCGUUGCUAAAGUCUAUCCCCGCCAACAGCAGCAGCAGCAGACGCAGCAGCCCCCUCCCCAGGUACCCACCUCCCAGCGGUUCCCCAUGCUCUCUGAUCAGACGGCGGGGCCUGCCUAUAUCCAGAUGCAUCGGAGCUCACCGGGCGUGACCGCCAGUACCCCGGCCUCCACCCACCCUGCUACCAUCUCCACCACGGUGCCGGUCCCCCACACCACGCCCGCGGGGGCAACAGAGGUCAAGAUGGAGAGACCACCGCCCCACGGAUAUGCCCUCUCAUAUUAUUAUCAUCCAGAUUUAGGUUACCAGCAUGCUGUUGCUAUGCAACAAUAUCCUGGUCGUCAUGGUUACAACCCAAUCAUUAGACCGCCUGUUGACGGUCAACACCGAUUACCUCAUCACCCUGGCUCAUCGUUGAAUCAGAACAGUCCUGUUGCAGCAGCAUUAGCAGCUACGACCCAUGCAGCCAAUAUGGCUGGGGCCCCCGGAAGGCCAGGCCAGCUGACUAUGAUGGUUGGAGCAGAUCACAGGCGGCCUAUUGGAUUGCAGGGAUCAGCUGAGGGCAGUGUUCCUUCGUUCACGAUGGCACAGGUACCGCCCGGAGCCCUGGGGUUGACCCAGGGUCAGAUGCCUCCAUCCUCCGCAGCCAAUCCCGGUGCUUCCCCUCGACCUAGUAUUCUCAGGAAAAGAAAUAAUGAUAGCGCAUCAAGCCGGAAACCCGUCAUGGCCAGCGCCGUCAUGUCACAACCAGGUAGCCCAGGGGUCAAAGUUGAAAUCACAAGAAUACCGGUCACAAGUAAUUCACCAAAGCCAAGUGAUUCAUUACCCAGUAGUCAACAUUCAGAGAACAGCAACGCCUCUGAGACCAGCACAGAUACUGCACCCCUCUCUACCGGUAGUGGUCCCAUCUCCACCGGUCCUGGUCCUAUCCGCAUCAAGCAGGAGACGGAUACCAAUGGCCUGGACCUGGUACCCCUCGGUGGUUCGGCCUCGACGCACGAGAACAGCAUUAGCAGUUUGGCGCCCUCAGUAGGUAGUACGGAGGAAGUGGGUCCAUCGCCGAGAAAGAAACCAAGGAAACAGCAGCACAUUAUUGCCACGGAACAUCCGAUGAUGCUGGAUGAUCAGUCAACGGAUGAUGAGAAGGAGACCAAACAGAAAGUGCCUUUCAAGCUGCAUAAGAAAGAGAAGAAAGAGAAGAAAAAUGCUGCUAAAGCAGCAGCCGCGGCGGCAGCAGCAGCCAAUGCAGAAGCAGAGGCCAUGAAAGUGGUACAGUUCUUCAAGAGACCAUGUCCAAGGCUGGUAGAUAACUACAGACAAUCCUGGAAACCAGCUCACAAUCACUUUGAGAAGUACUCAGAUGUCAAACCUAAAGAAGAGAAGAAGAUUGGUAUUCAUGAAAUUGCCAACCAGCGAGGUAUUCUAAAGAAGACGGAUGGCUGGAAAAUUCAUCAUAUUGCCUACCAAUUUGAGGAUUUAAAUUCAAUGGAGAAGGAUUGUUAUGAUGAGAUGAAGUCAAUGAAGGAUGGUUUACAAGGGAUGAACAGCAACAGCAAACUGAAGGAAUCAGAAACGCAUAAACUCUCAGAACUCGUACAGGGGUCGAUACAAAGGAGUCAGUACGUGAUGGAAUAUUUAGAGGAAGCGAAAGGAACAAUACUCAAGAUGCUCGACCACAAGACAAAGGUUGCCGGCAUCGUCAAGAAACACGCAAACAAGAGACAUGUCAAGAAAAAGCACAGUCCCUGAGUCCAAUGGCCGGGCGUUCACGUCGUGUUCUCGGCAACAAAAAAACUCUCACCGUGGACAAUCAUUAUUUAUAGGGUCAGAUGGGGUCAAAGUAUGUUAAGGUCAAAUCAAAUGGCAUCAGGUCAGUUCAGCAGCGGUUCAGCAGAGAUUUUGCAUCUAUAAUUGAAAUAUGGCGAUACCAACAGGUUGGUCUCUAUUUACAGGGAGCUCAAUGCAUGGUGAGAAAGCAGACUGGAUCACAAUGGGGAAUCCCCUGCGAAAAUGCAAUCCUUGAAAUCUACAAGCCAUGAGGAAGUACUCUUUUGUCCUCCCUCUCUCUCUCUCUCUCUCUCUCCCUCUCUCUCCCCCUCUCUCUCUCUCUCUCUCUCUCUCUCACGCUAAUCACCUGCAGAGUACAGCAAGGCGAGACCGAGCAUUGGAAAUGGAUGUAUCACACGCUCAUAUAGAUAUUGAAACUCCGAAGCCUUGUCCACACUUGACACGGUAGCCACCCUAAAGAAAAAUGAGCUGCAGCAAAAUGGAAACACUGUGCAUGCAAGUAAAUGGCUAGUGGAGAAGAUUGAAAGUAGCUACAAGCUAUGAAAGCUCCUGAGCAUACCUGUUUAUCUCAAUGUAUGAGAUGCAGAAUCAUGAAGUGCACUACGUUUACUGCAUUUUUGUUUUAUGAUGCUGCAGCAUUUUUUGUUUGAUGGUUAUCAUUUUGUGUGAACAAGGCUUCUGCAUAUCUGUGAGGGAAACUGGACACAAAGUGCACUGAAUUUAAUAGCCUAAUAUGAACAUCUGGACCCUGUUUCAUAAAAAUUGAUAUCAAUAACAAGUUACAAGCUACUGUUAUAAGCUACCGAAAUCAUGGCAUCUGAUUGGCCGAGAGCAAAUUUGUCAUAGAAAUAUAGCGUUUGUUAUUGAUAAAAAGUUUCAUGAAACAGGCCCCAGAAUGUGUGACUUGUGUACUGCGAGUAAAACAAGUUAUACUUCGAGCUAUACCAUUAAAAAUAGAUUUGAUAUGGAUGAGUAUUUAGACAAGAUUUUAAUUUCCUCACAUUACAAAGCAACUGAGAAGUGUUAUUGAAGAAUAAAGCCAUAGUUUACUGGAAGUUGACAUUUAUCGCACAAAUACAAGGAGUGACGGGACGGGGUGUUAAGGGGAGUCGUUUAUGAAAGAGGUGCUAUUUUUGAAACCUUGGUUAGAUGCAUUUGAUGUGAAAAACAGUUGAUGAGUUUUUUUUUCUGAUCAUGAGAUUUAAGUACAACUUCGGUGCAAUGAUUUUAGCAGGGAACAAAAAUCAUGAUUUUAUUGAUUUGUUCUGAUCAGUUUUCUUGAAAAACAUUCCAUGUUGGGAAUAUAAAGAAAAAGAGGGAUGUAGCAAACUACAAAGUGUGUAAUGUAGCAUGGCCUGAUACAUGCAUGGGCACAGUCUACAUUGCCCCCCCCCCCCCCACCAAUUAUUUACAUGGGGCCAAUGCGUACAGACCCUAAUACUGUCGCUCUGGGCAUCGUUUCAUAAAACCGUCAUGAGUACAUGUUCACCGAACAUCCCAUUCAAACGUGCGUUAAAUUCAAUACAUUCGUUUCAAUGAGAUGUCAGUGAACUUGUACUCUUGACAGUUUUGUGAAACGCUCCCCUUCACCCCUUAAUGACAAAAGGUGAUAUGGAGCCCAGAAUAUUGAUUUCAAGAUAUUGUUUGUUAAUGGCUCACCACCUGAAAUGAGAGGGUGGAGGUUGUUGUGAGAUAUUUAUAGAACAAACCAAAAACUAUGUCUUAUAGAACAAACAUUCAUUACUUCAGAGUUGGUGAGUGGCUUUGAUAUUUUGAAACUUAUCAAGCCAUUCAUAUGACGUCCCAGCCUCUUUUUCAGUCAUGCUCAGAUUAAUUGAUGAGGGUGCGACUCAAAGCAUUCUCGACUAGAGACCUUUUUAGCGUAACCAUAGAUUUGAAGGCGUCGUUUAACAAUGCCAAAUCUGAGAUGCAAGGCCCUACGUGUUAUCAGUGUCUCUGAUAUGGUGUAAUAUCAAAGCCCUAAUAAAUUUGCGCUUCAAAAAAGUAAGAAUCUUUGAGUGAACGGUUUUACCAUACACAUUUUCCCCAAUAGACGGUAAUGUUAAAAAAAUCGUUGGGAAAACAGUUUUUGAAAUUAUCUUGAUAAUCAAACAUGCGAUUGGCUUGUAAAAGUCAUGGGAUUCACUUCUGACCUUAAGUUUUAUAAUUAUGAUAGCAGCACAAACUAAAUCCAGGAUUUUGUUUAGAAUCAGAGGCAAAGUUACCCAAUACCUUGAAUGAAACUAAAUGAAUGGUGGCUUUAAAGGUAGUGUCAACUCUUUGCAAUGGGUCACAAACAGUGGGAGAGGGGGGGGGGGGAGGGGGGAAUAGAACUGAACAUUGAGCGAUUUUAGCUCUCGAAAGCUCCAAAAGAGCGCUGGUAAAUUGUAAUGGAGCUCUGGUAACAAAAAAACACGAUGAAAUACAUUUAUAUCACUGUUGAAAUAUCACAACAUUUCUUAAAAGGAGCCCCCGCGAACAGAACAUUAUUUUUGUACGUCUAAAUGCCCUUUGAGAAGUAGAAUGGUGCUUGGCAGACGACAUGGUUUCAUGCCGUGUCCUUAGCAUACAAAGAAUGUGUGUGACAUUUAUGAUUGGACAUGGCUGCAGCCUCUGUCAUAGUAGUAAUUGGUUACAUAACCUGUAAGGCAUUAUGACAAAGAAUUAUGAUUGCAAUUUUAUUAACGAAUAAAUGUUAUGUCUGCAUACUCGCUUCAUCAAAGAAAUCAUUACUUGCUGCAGGAAAGGUUUUUUUAAGAGUAAAACUAAUCUGAAAUUUUGACAAUUUGAGGCUUUCAGUCACACCAUCUGGUAGCUAUACUGAAAAGGCUAUUGAUGUAAUAAUCUAUAAUUGUCCUUUUCUCUAAAUUAAAGCAAGCAGUGCGAGCUACAGUUGUUCGACACCUGCUCUCAUGACAAUUUUCUGAACUAAAAGAAUUCCUAACUUCAACCUUGGCUACAACACAAUCCCUAACCCUUACCCUAACUCUUAUCCUAACCAAAAAUCAACCUAGGACACAAUCGCAGCCCUGACCGUAGACCGUAAGCUUCAAUUCUUUGAAUGUCUGUUGUUCCACUGACUGCCUCUUGAUGGGGAAGGCUGAAAAAUGUCUUUUCCCCCUUUUUGUAACAAUAAAAGGAGGUUAUUUCUACAUCUUUGGAGGAAAAGUUGCCCAAAUGUUAGAUCCCCUGGCUGGAAGUACUGCGACACGAUCCGAGAGAGUGAAGAAAUUGCCACAUUUGGAGAUAUUAAGAGAAUGUUGUAUACAAAUGAUGUCAUAGUGAGUUUAUGUUGUAAUAUAUUGCUGUUGUCUAAGGACCAGUACUGGUUCAUUAUUAUUACUUUGUAUUAUACCUGUACAUAAAGAUGUCAAAUACCUGUAGCAUUCAGUUGAAUCUUUUGUUGUUGACUUUUUGAACAAAAAACAAAAAAAUUACAUAUAUCAGACGAACUAUGAUGUCUGGAGAAACUAAA